CAACACCCUGGACCUGGACCUGGCUCACCUAAUGAAUGCUUCCCAGCAGCUCCCAGUAACCCUAUGCCUUUGGACUGAUUGCAUCUAUGCACAGCUACUGGGAAGACCAGUAAACACCCACUUCGGGUGAUAACGUGUCUCCUUCGGCUCAAACACAUGAACUAGUGUCAGCAGACACUCCCUCUCUCUCCGGAUUGUACCAUCGCGGGGAUGAAAGCUGGAGAUGAAUACUUCAUCUCUGACCCACAUAAUGGCGGUAUAUGAGGCUCGGUAAGCGGGGCUCUGUCGUGCUCCAGCCCGCUCCUGCUGUGCGCUCCCGGCCGGUGCAGCGGGAGCUUUCAGCGGCGCGCCUCGCCUCCCAUCUUCCUCCGCCUGGAUCCCACUCCUGUCUCCAUCUCGCUUCCAGGAAGAGGAGCAGGAGAGGAGGGAGACGGAGAAGCGGCACACGCCGACACAGGGGCGACGGGAACGGGAAAAGUACCUGAGAAGUCAAGUGCUGAGAAAUCUUCCAGGGUUUGCUGCCUGGGAUUCCAACCCUUAAGGGCGGUGCGCGAGGGGGCGGACCAUCCCCAGGGGAGGAGAGUUCAGCCUGGCCUUUGACUGAUCCGACACUCGGGCCGCUCACCUCCGCUUCACAUCUGCAAUAAAGAACCUCCCCCUCACCCUGGGACCCUGACUCCGGUCUCCCAGCUCUCCCACGCCUCCAUCUUCUCUGCUCCCCCUGAUCAAUCCGCCCCAAAACUUCCCUGACUGGUUCUCCUCCUCCAUCAUUCCCCCCUGCCUCGGUGAGUCUCCCCUGAGGUGCAGAGGCCAUGGCGGUACCUUCAGCACACGAGUUUCAUUGGCAGAGCCUGGCACGACUGUCCAGCGGGCGCGUCUACCACACUCUGUCGGAGGUGGGGGGGCAGAUGUACAUGCUAGGGGGCUGCGACGCUGCGGGGAGGCCCUGCCCGGCCCUGGAGCUCUACUCCCCCGAGGGGGACCGGUGGAUAAGCUUGCCCCCCAUGCCCACCCCUCGUGCUGGGGCAGCAGUGGCUGUGCUGGGAAAACAAAUCCUGGUGGUGGGAGGAGUGGGAGAGGACCAGAGCCCCCUGAAGGUGGUGGAGAUGUACAACACCGAGGAAGGGAGGUGGAGGAAGAGGAGCGCUCUGCGGGAGGCCUUGAUGGGUGUAUCCGUCACUGUGAAAGACGGCCGGGCUCUGGCUGUGGGGGGAAUGGGUGCUGACCUGCUCCCUCGUAGCAUCCUGCAGCAGUACGACCUUCGGAAGGACGUGUGGGCGCUUCUUCCUCCCAUGCCAACCCCACGCUACGAUGCCAACACACACCUGCUGGCCAACAAGCUCUACGUGGCAGGCGGUCGUCAGUGUAAGCGGCCAGUGAAGGCCUUCGAGGUGUAUGACGCAGAGACGCGUUCUUGGACUACACUACCCAUGAUACCUUGCAAACGUUCGUAUGGGGGUGUGAUAUGGGACACGACUGGGAGGUUGUGUCUGCUCGGAGGACUGCGGCAGGGAGGAGGACACCAGAGCUCCAAGUUCACCAAGAACGUCAACAUUUUUGAUGCCAACCAAGGCACCUGGUUGAAGUCGGAGGAGACGGUGGCGAUGAAGACGAAGAGAGCUGACUUUGCUGCUGCUUUCCUGCGUGGCCGGAUGGUGGUAGCAGGAGGACUUGGUCAUGAGCCCUCAGCGCUGGACACAGUCGAGGCCUUUCAUCCUCAGAAGAAGAAGUGGGAGCGGUUGGCUGCCAUGAGCUUCCCCCGAUGCUCAACCUCCUCCAUCGUCAUCAGAGAUCGCCUCCUGGUGGUGGGGGGAGUCAACCAGGUUCCCAGCUCGGCCCAUGAGAUCCUGUAUGUAAAAGAAGAAGAGUACCUGUAGCCGGUAGUGACUGACACCACAUGAACGAGUCCACGUCCUCUUCUCUCCACGGCUGUCCUGAAUCAGACUGUAGUGCGAUGUGUAGGAAGCACUGAAAACACAGAGAUGUAAUGUAAGAGGUAACGCUGCCCCCUGCUGGGCUGUACUGACACUGAGACCCACAGGAACGCACACACAUGCACAAUGGAGGAGCUGGCUCUCUCUUUCUACCGAGUUGUGUUUCUUGGUACUUUUAGUAUGUGACACUUCUGCGUUGUACGUUGUAGUGCAUACAUGGAGAAGAAACUAUUUUGUAGCGUAUAUGUCUAGUCACGUAGACAGAAAAUAUAUGGAAGACCAUAUAUGCAUUUCAUGUUUGGUUUUGUAUCUUUGUUUAUGUGUUUGUGUGCGUGCAACUAACAAGUGAGCAUUUUUAGAUAGUGUGAUUUCCACAAAAAUGACAUGACUGCAACAUUUGUAUAUUAUUUAAUAUCAUCUAGCAAAAAAAAACUCACUAGAAACUGUUUGGUUCACAAACUGUACUGUAACAAGAUUUGCACUAAAGCAAUUAACACUGAGUUUGAGUUUAUUUUUACCAUCAAUAAUUUCUAGUGUAAUUACACUGAGAAUGCUGUACUAUCACUCUUCUAUGCCAUAACUGUGCACCUUUGUGGGUAUGAUCAUAGACAUUGCAUAUAUGAAAAGACACUGUAUUAAAUGACAAUAUGCUGUGUGUUUAAGUAACUACCAGACUGCUGUUGUAGACAAAGAAAUGGAUCCAAUUUGACUCUGAGCGACUGUACACAUUUUAUUCCUGCAGCAAUACAAUUUCUCUUUUUUUCAGUGUUUCAUUUGUGCAACAUGUGCUGUGCUGUAAUAUUCAUCAGUUAAUAACACCUCACUCAGGUUGUGAUGUUACAAAUUUGUUUUUGUGACUUCAGAGAUAAUCUACUGACUGGUAUUGUGUUUGCUGUCAUCAUUAUAGUCGAAGCCAGACUCUUGUCUCUUUGGCUCGGGCUAGUGUGCAGCAGGCGACUGAGCUGUGAAGUAUUUCAUUGUGUUCCUACAACAUGAUCAGUCUCUGAUCUGUGUUACACCUAAGCAUGGCAUGUAAUAUUGAUGAUAUGAGUGGUCAUAUUCAGUGGAAUAAAUGGGAUUUGUUGUUUGUAUUGCA